CUCUCUCUCUGAUACACUCUCACACUCAUGCGUCCGGCUAGCACACACGCCAGGAUCUUCCCACUCUACCUGACCACUCUAUACUCGGCACAGUGGACACCCACGCUACCAUCCGUCCGUCCUGAGAGAGAGAGAAGGAGAAGAAGGAGAGGAUAGAGAUACAGUGAGAGAGAAAGAGAGAUACAGAGAGGGAACGAAGACUGCCGCAGCUGUCCUCAUCCUACAGCGAGUGGAACUACGGCUCUCCGUCCGCUCCUCUCCUCCCUCAUCCCCUCUUCUUCAGCAUGAACCCGCUCUUAUCUGGUUGCUAAGGAGGUGAGAUCGAGCUCGGAGGAGGAAGUGCACACGGUGGGAAUUUGUUGCUAAGGCCCUGAGCUGCAGUCACAUCGUCGUGGAGGGGGAAAAAGCGGAGAGCAUGGCUCAGGCCUCGCAGGAGCAGGGGGCGGUGGGGACGGCCGAUCCCGAGGAGGACUCGCCCAACAUGAUCGUCUACAGGAAGAUUGAGGACAUAAUCACCCGAAUCCAGGAUGAAACUGACGGCGUGCCCAUCAGAACUGUCAAGAGCUUCAUGUCAAAGAUUCCCAGCGUUGUCACAGGCUCAGACAUUGUUCAGUGGCUGAUGAAGAAUCUCUUCAUCGAGGAUCCCGCGGAGGCCUUGCACAUCGGGAGCCUGAUCGCUGCUCAGGGCUACAUCUUCCCCAUCUCGGACCACGUGCUCACCCUGAAGGACGACGGCACCUUCUACCGCUUUCAGGCUCCGUACUUUUGGCCGUCAAAUUGCUGGGAGCCAGAAAACACAGAUUACGCCAUUUAUCUGUGUAAGAGGACGAUGCAGAACAAGACUCGGCUGGAGCUAGCAGACUAUGAAGCGGAGAACCUGGCGAGGUUGCAGCGAGCAUUCUCCAGGAAGUGGGAGUUCAUCUUCAUGCAGGCUGAGGCUCAGGUUAAGAUUGACCGGAAGAAGGAUAAGACGGAGAGGAAGAUCCUGGACAGUCAGGAGCGAGCAUUCUGGGACGUACACAGGCCAGUGCCAGGCUGUGUCAAUACCACUGAAAUGGACAUCAGGAAGUGCCGCCGCAUGAAAAACCCACAACGUGUCAAGAAGUCAGUGUAUGGUGUGGCAGAAGACACACAGACACAGAGUCCUGUACACACACACUCACAGCAACCCAGGAAGGACACUAAGGAGGACGUCGAGAAGGAGAUUUUAUUCCUGAACACUCAGCUGGACAGACACUGUAUGAAAAUGUCCAAAGUGGCAGAAACGCUGAUGAGCUACACUGAGCAGUACCUGGAGUACGACCCGUUUGUGUCUCCCCCGGAGCCCUCCAACCCCUGGAUCAGUGAUGACACCACUUUCUGGGAGAUGGAGGCCAGCAAAGACCCGAGCCAGCAGAGGGUUCGGAAAUGGGGCUUUUCUUUGGACGAGGCUCUGAAGGAUCCAGUCGGCCGUGACCAGUUCCUCAAGUUCUUGGAGUCUGAGUUCAGUUCGGAGAACCUGCGAUUCUGGUUGGCGGUGCAGGAUUUGAAGCGGCGCCCCCUGCAGGAUGUUCCCACUCGGGCUCAGGAGAUCUGGCAGGAGUUUCUGGCUGAAGGUGCUCCGAGCUCCAUAAACCUAGACUCACACAGUUACGAGAGAACCAGCCAGAAUCUCAAAGACCCCGGACGCUACAGCUUCGAGGACGCACAGGAUCACAUCUACAAACUGAUGAAGAGUGACAGCUACACCCGGUUCUUACGCUCCAGCGCUUACCAGGACCUCCUGCUCGCCAGAAAGAAGCCUGAAAGUGAGCAGGGCCGCCGCACGUCUCUGGAGAAAUUCACCCGCAGCGUGGGUAAGUCUCUGACGGGGAAGCGUCUGACGGGCCUCAUGCAGUCGUCCUGACGAGCCCCGGGCUGUGAUUAACCUUGUUAAACCCAGAGGAGGAAGCAGAGGAAGCGGCGUGAUGGUGUACAUCGAUACAGCCGACACACGGACCAUCUGCUUCACCUCGGCAGCGUAGCCACAGACUCUACGGCAUGCAAUAAGUCAACAAAAACCUUACAAAUGCGGACCAUCUGUAUUUAACCUGAUUAUAUCCAAACCUCUGAUAUGAGAUAACAACAAAAGACUGCACAUACGAAUGUCAGGUUUUUAUUUCUGUGUACUUUUUUCUUACCAGCAGUGACAAAGGGAACAAAACACUCACUGCUUCAAUUGAUAUUUAAACAGUUCGUCGUCCAGUUCGUCCACUUUUCAUGGUGUGGAGUAAUCGUGAGCGGAUGGUCAUGUAGGAAGAAGAGCGUUCAGUCCCAAACAUUCCACAGGAGAGAAAAGAUUCAAGGGCUUCUGGUGUGUUUUCUCGGCGAGGAUUUGCACAGUGUUUUACUCCAGCGUCCAGCGUGUUAAGUGUUAAUACACACAGCACAACUCAGCUUCGUUUUCAUAUGUUUCAGACAAUCAGUCCCUUCUGCGUGACUGCAGUUCAUUUGAAUAAGUGUUUAAACAGGUUUGUGUUACAAUGUUAAAUAGUUAAAGCAACUCUCCAGUGUUUUUUUUUUUUUUUUUUUUAUUUUUUAAAAUUUUUAAAAAAAAUAAUAUCUAUCUAGCAUAUCUGUAGUGUAUGUGUGAUUAACAAGGGGAAGAAUUUUGGCACAUUUCCCUGCACUGACUGAGAGAGAGAGAGAGAGAGAGAGAGAAAGUGUACAGGGUGUGCUUUUAUAGGAAAAUAAUCAACAGGGUGGUGUGAUGACGCAGACUUAUUGUUACCACACCAAUGUUGAUUAUUUUCCUAAAACAGCAUUAAAUGUUUUAUUCCUCUUAUACCACAGGAAUUUCACAUGAUCACUAGUGCAUGCUGGGAAGUCCCAGGUUUCCAUAGGAACUGAAAUGAGAUGUUUUGGAGUGGGUUCCUCUGAUGUAGAACAUAUUCCUUUUAAAAUAAUCAAACAUACAUAUUCUCAAAACUCAAAAAUCAACUCACAGACCAAUUAUGUGGGAAAUCUACAGACCUGGCAACACUGCCACCGCUACACUGACCUUUAGACUUCCAUUAUUCCUGACAACCGGUUUUCACCAGGUUCUUAUUUUCACUACAGGAAAUUCCCAGUUCUUACAAGUGGUAAUCACACAUACGAUACAGAUAUAGAGAAUAGAAAAUAAGUUGAAAAACACUGGAGUUGUGCUUUGGGUGCUUUCACACUUGGCGUUUCAACUUUUCAAAAAAAAAGCACAGAGUGACGUCAAGCACUUUUUUUUUUACCUCCUGACCAAUCAGAUUGCAUGUUAAGGGAGAGUGAGAAAACCAAACAUGGAGGAUAAAGUGCUGGUGAAAAAUGUGUCUUGUUACUAAGUGAUUAAGAGAUUACGAGACACGAUGAAUUGAAAAUAUUUCAUUGUUGAUAUUCCAAUGUAUCGAAAAAUAACAGCGUGUGUAUUAUCAGGACGUUCACUGGUAUGUACGAUGGCCUUUCAGAGCCAUGUUGAUUUGACUUCAAAUCAACGAUACAAGAUUUUGAGAAUAAAGUCAUAAAUUGUAGCAAUAUUUCGACAAUAAAAUUGUAAUAUGUUGAGAAUGAAGUCAUAAUAUUUUGAGAAAAAAGUCGCAAUAUUUCAAGAAUAAAAUUCUAAUAGGUCAAAAAUAAAUUAGCAAUAUUUAGAGAAAAAAAUCACAAUAAUUUGAGAAAAAAGUUGUAAUAUUAAAAAAAGGGAGUCGUGAUAAUUCGAGAAUACUAUAAUAAUACUAUGACAAAAUGGUACAUAUAACUUUCAUGUGUAAAAUGCAACUUUAUUAUGAAUUCAUUCUUGAAAUAUUACAGCUUUAUUCUUAAAAUCUAUUUUUUUAAAAGUGGCCCUAAAACGCCAUCGUAGGUACGUGAUGUGACGUCUGAGUUUAACUUCAUCUGCGCAUACAGUCGAGUCAGCUCAAAUUCUCUUGAUUAUCUGCCUCUAAAGCUACAGCGAAGACAGACAGCCUCCUCAUGACCAGAGUUACACCAAUCUUUAUUUUAUCUGCGUUACGAGAUCGAGAGCUCAAGCUAGGUUAGUUAGUUAGCCGAUACUAGCUGGGAUUGGUAAGCACGUGGUUUGAGGUUGAGGCAGUAUUUUUUUCCAUAUCAGCACAAAAAGUGCUCCAGCCAACACUUAUUCUUUAACAAAAAGUGUGAAAGUGUGAAAGCAGUGUUUAUGAGGUGCUUUGAGAGAUGAACAUAGACUGAUAGCACAAUGACCACGGGUUUUACAAAAAUAUUCAUUCAACCUAUGUAUGCAUUAAUAACACAAAUCUACCUUAACCUACCUAACUGUUAAACGUCUUUAUCUAACCUGCCUGCCAAACUGACACUGUAAAUAUACUCUGAAUGUAAAAGAUAAUCACACACACACACAUACGCACACACUCUUCCCUCCCUAAGAGUCUCUGCCAACACGAGAGGACCUCAUGCUCGGACGAUGGCAAGGUUUCCAGUCCAGCGCUGCCUCUUUUACAAAAAAAAAAAAAAACGAACGCUGCCAUUUCAGGAAGCUGUGUAUCUGAAAGUGGUUCAUGAAGCGCCAUCACUGCCAGAGAUGCAUGGAGAAAAAAACAAAACAGACACUUUGAGGGUCUCAUCGGUCCAUAAUCAGCUCAUCAUCAGUGCGACUGGAGGAGACGCACCUGCGAGGAACCCUUCUUCUUCUUCUCUCCUCCUGUCUCCAUGUAGAACUGCUUUCUCGACGUAUAGCAGUGAAACGAUACGAAGCGUGUAAUAUAGUACAUGUAUUUACACUCACUGCAGCCAGUGUGCACAUAGAGAAUGCUGUGUAGAAUAUCCAGAGUGAUUAUUACUAUUAGAGGCACAACGAGCACAAAUCUAUGCAUGGGACAUUUCUAAAAGGAUUUUACAGCUUUUAGGUUUUUUUUUUUUUCAGAGAUAAAAAUAUUAGUAAGUGAUGAUGAUGAAUAGAAGGAUGUCAUGUCCUGAGUCAACCAAUAAACAACUCAGUAUCAAAGUAGAGUCCUGGCUUUAUUGUUGGUUUCAUUUUCUAUAAUUUGGCAACUUUAUAUCCAAGCCAGGACAUGUAAAGUUUUGGCACCCUUUAAACUUUUAUAAAUUUUCCAUAAUUACAGAUUCAUUUUGUCAAUAGCCAAGACCUGCCUACUUUGACAAAACAAGUAUGU